GCUUCCCUCACCCCCAUCAGUAGCAGUCUUCACUCUGCUGCCUUCAAACCCAUGGCUUCGAUGCCUCUAAGAAUCGCCUCAAACUCCGUUUCGAGUCUUCUAAAUCUAACAUUUGAUGGCCCUUGUCGUUUAGCUUCGAAUUCAGGUUUUUAUGGUCUUCCGGACCAGCCGCUGAAUAAUAUACCUCUGUCAACUUCAGCUUCAGCUAAUAGAAGGACUCGUAGAUUUCUGUCCCAAGUUCCGCUCCAUGCUACCAAUGCGCCCAACCGGGAAACUAUUAAGUCCCAAUCCUCCCUUUCCUUCGACGUCGUCAUCAUUGGCGCCGGAAUCAUCGGGUUGACCAUCGCCCGACAGUUCCUCCUCUUUUCGGAUCUCUCCGUCGCCAUACUUGAUGCUGCCGUCCCUUGUGCCGGUGCCACUGGAGCUGGGCAGGGGUACAUAUGGAGGAUAAACAAGACACCUGGAGCUGAAAAAUGGGAGCUAGCAUCUAGAAGCCAUCAAUUGUGGGUUAAUCUGGCUGAGAGCUUGCAACAUCAGGGCUUGAAUCCUUUGCAGAUUCUUGGAUGGAUGAAGACUGGAAGUUUAUUGGUUGGUAAAACGAAGGAGGAAUCUACCUUGUUGAAGGCGAAGGUGAAGCAACUAUGUGAUGCUGGGUUGGAGGCAGUGUUCUUGUCCAACCAAGAUUUGCUGUUGAAAGAACCUGCGCUUGUGCUCGGAAAGGAAGGUACGGCGGCUUAUUUACCUGAUGACUGCCAAUUAGAUGCUCGAUGUGCAGUUGCAUUCCUUGAGAAGGAGAACAGGCAUUUUGCCACUGAAGGGAGAUAUGCUGAAUUUUAUCAUGAGCCUGCAACCUAUUUGUUGAGAUCUGGCAGCAGUGGAGAGGUUGAUGCUGUUCAGACUUCGAAGAAUACAAUUUUCAGCAAGAAGGCUGUUGUUAUGGCAGCUGGUUGUUGGACUGGAACUCUGAUGCAUGAGUUGAUUAAGAGUACAAACAUUAAAUUGGAUAUCCCCGUAAAGCCUCGAAAGGGCCACCUGCUUGUGGUUGAGAAUUUUAAUUCCUUCAAACUAAAUCAUGGUCUCAUGGAGGCCGGAUAUGUUAAUCACCAAUCUGCAUCUCUGCCAUCCACUGCUUCUCAUAAAAGACCCCUCUAUGAUGCCCAGGCUACAUCUGUCUCAAUGACAGCCACUAUGGAUACCUCAGGAAACCUAAUUCUCGGAAGCAGCCGGCAGCUUUUAGGGUUCAAUGUGGACGUAGAUGAGUCCAUCAUCAACCGCAUUUGGCAGAGGGCUGCAGAGUUCUUUCCUGCAUUGACAGAAAAAUCUCUGGAUGAGUUGAAGAAAAAUAGAGCAGUGAGAGUUGGACUAAGACCUUACAUGCCUGAUGGGAAACCAGUGAUUGGACCUGUUCCUGGAUGGUCAAACUUCUAUAUUGCUGCAGGGCAUGAAGGUGAAGGACUAACAUUGGCUCUAGGGACUGCUGAAAUGAUUGUUGAUAUGGUGUUGGGCAAUCCUGGGAAGGUUGAUCCCAAACCGUAUGCUGUGGAUCGGUGUUGUACAUGAAUAUGAAUAUGGGGAGAGGGACGCUUUCAUUUGCUAUUUUAAUCACCAGAUUUGAAAACUUGAUGCUUGUAUUGAAGGUUGGCCUUGAAAAGUUCUUGCUUCAUUUCACUGGCUCAUUGCUUCAAGUGGAGCUGAAUUUUGCGUGUAGUUGCACUUGUAUGUCUGACUUCUACCACCCCCGGCGGCCCCAAAAAAAAAAAAAAGAGGAGUAACUUGUAUCUCCAAGUAUAUGUGCCUAGUAGGUUGGAUAGAGUCGAACAGGACAUAUUUGACAGUCUUGUAGACGCUGCAAGUUAUGCACCAUCUUAUGUGCCUCUAAUACAACAUGAUGGUAUUUGUUGUAUUCUGUUGUAUAGGUGCUUAACACUGUAGAACUGAGAUUCUUGCUUCUAAGCAUCGAAUGAUAGCCAGGUUUAUGGAUGUGCGUUGUGCAUAUGGAGAACAGCAUUUUGUUUGUAAUAUGAGUGAC